UAAUCGACGGUUUUCUCUAUUGUGUUUACUACUAAGAUAGCGUUAGCUAAGAUACAUCAGUGGUCAUAUAAAAUGAUCAGAUGACUACUGACAUGACCCCACCUGAUUUUACAUGGAUAUGGAUUUCUCUGUAAGUUAGCAGAAAGAUAGCUUACUGUGGCAAAAAUGAAUAAAGGCUGGCUGGAGCUCGAGAGCGACCCUGGGCUAUUCACCCUUCUGGUGGAGGACUUCGGUGUGAAGGGUGUUCAGGUAGAAGAGAUCUAUGAUCUGCAGAGUAAAUGCCAAAGCCCUGUCUAUGGGUUCAUCUUCCUCUUCAAAUGGAUUGAAGAGCGCCGUUCCAGGAGGAAGGUCUCCACCCUUGUGGAUGAAACCUCAGUCAUCGAUGACGAAAUCGUCAACGACAUGUUUUUUGCUCACCAAUUGAUUCCCAACUCUUGUGCCACCCAUGCGCUACUUAGUGUGCUCCUAAACUGCAGUGGUGUGGAACUGGGCAACACACUGAGCCGGAUGAAGGCGUUCACCAAGGGCUUCAGUCCGGAGAGUAAGGGAUAUGCUAUUGGCAAUGCUCCAGAGUUGGCCAAAGCCCACAACAGCCAUGCCAGACCGGAACCACGGCACUUGCCAGAGAAGCAGAAUGGCAUUAGCGCUGUCCGGACAAUGGAGGCCUUCCACUUUGUCAGCUACGUGCCCAUUAAAGACCGCCUGUUUGAGCUGGAUGGCCUCAAAGCCUACCCCAUCGACCAUGGUCCUUGGGGAGAGGAGGAGGAGUGGACAGAUAAAGCCCGGAGGGUCAUUAUGGAAAGAAUUGGACUAGCAACGGCAGGCGAGCCGUACCACGACAUCCGCUUCAACCUUAUGGCAGUGGUCCCUGAUCGCAGGGUCAAGUACGAAUCCAGGCUGGAGAUCCUCAAACGUAACCGACAGAUCGUCCUGGAAGGCCUGCAGCAGGCGAUUCGGGCAUCCCAGCAGGAUGUUUCACAGGAUCGCAAGCAGCAAGACUCCUCCUCCCCUGAAGAUACACCCCCUACAGUGAAAAAGGAGGAGGGGUCAGACACCCCUGGGAGUGCUGAUCAAGCACCACCCACAGAUUCUGCAGAUGCUGCGAGUGUCCCACCAGCCUCCUGCCCCAUGGACAAACCCCGAGCCAUAGUGAAGCCCUCCAGCCUGCAUGCAGGUGGCGCCCCACUGCCUGGCCCCCUGCCCAUGGCCAGCUCCAACCCCAUCGUCCAGCGCCUGCCUGCAUUCCUGGACAACCACAACUAUGCCAAGUCCCCUAUGCAGGAAGAGGAGGAUCUAGCUGCAGGAGUGGGUCGCACUCGGGCACCUGGUCCCCCUCAGCCCACUUACUCUGAUGAUGAGGACGACUAUGAGGAUGAAGAGGAGGAAGAAUGUGGCACUGCAGGCACAUCAAGCAGGUCCCGUAGAAAGGCGAGUCUCCGGGCGCAGGCCGUGGUCCGCAGCGCCGGUGGCGCUGGAGUCUCGGGCGUGGAGGGCCAGCUGGCUCUGAGCAUGCUUGCUGAGAAACUGAAGAAGGAGGUACAGAAGAAGGAUACCAUGGCGACUGCAGCAGGCUCCACGCCCCUGAACGUGCGCACAGAGGGCCGCACGGGUGGAAUCAGCAUCACGUCUGCCUCCCAACCAUCACCAACGCCUAGCAACGAGAGCACAGACACCGCCUCUGAGAUUGGCAGCGCCUUCAACUCGCCGCUCCGUUCACCCGCGCGGUCGCAGGCUGCCACACGCCCCUCCAGCCCUGUGGCGUCUCACCUGAGCCGCGUACUCUUCGGCGAGGAUGAGGGUCUGCUGCGCCUAGAUGCACGCCACAACCGCGCUGUGCGUGACCUUGGAGCGCUCGUCAGCUCUGCACGCCUGCAGUUGAGGGAGGACGGCACCAUGCACGCUUUGCCACCUGCUGAAGCAGUGUCUGACGGGGUGAGGGGCGCAAGCAGCACAGAGCAGAAAGAGAAGCGCGAGACAAAAGGGGGCAGCAGCGCUGGCCAGGAACAAGAACAUGAGGAGGAGCAGGAGGGCCCAUCGGCUGAGCCGAAACAUGGCGAGGAGGGAAGGGUGCUGUCAGCCGAGAGCCAGGCCUUCACGGAGCCCGAGACCCUGACCAAGUCACACGGGGAGAAAUACACUCCAAAAGAGCUGCUGGCCCUGCUGAAAUAUGUGGAGGCCGAUAUCGCUAACUACGAGGUGUGUCUGAAAGAGGAGGUGGAGAAGAGGAAGAAAUAUAAGAUAGAUGAUCAGAGGAGGACCCAUAACUAUGAUGAGUUCAUCUGCACAUUUAUCUCUAUGCUGGCACAAGAAGGGAUGUUGGCCAGUCUGGUGGAACAGAACAUUUCCGUGCGGCGGCGGCAGGGUGUGAGCAUCGGCCGCCUCCAUAAGCAGCGCAAACCGGACCGCCGAAAACGCUCUCGCCCUUACAAGGCCAAGCGCCAGUGAACACAGCAAAUCGACUGGUGCCAGUGAACACACCAUAGCGGCUAACAUACCAUAGCGACUGCCAGCUGUGAACAGGCCAUAAUGAGUCAUACCGGUGAACACACCCAGACUUACAAAGAGCAAUGCUGGUGAAUGCACCCAGGUUUAGACAGACUGCCACUGGUGAGGACAUCCAACCCAUGGUCUAAGCCCUUUAUUGCCUACACUGACUGCAGAGCAAAGACAGAAAGCCUGUUGAAUGAGUGAUCCUUGGAGAAAUCCAGAUUUGUUCUUGUGUGUGCGCAUGCACACAUAACUGUGUUUAUACAUUCUUUUUUAAUGAAAAGGAAUAUUUGCGGUCAAGUGGAGGUCUUGGUUUGGCCAAUCAAAGGACAAUUAAGUGUUACAAAAAAGUCACUGACUUCGACCAAAUCCAACACUCCACAUCAAAUUUGCUGUGGAUUUCUACCUUUGGAUCUGUCUCGAGCUUACCUUAUAGUCCUGCAAUCUUGUAAAUUUCAUGCAGGAAUUCUUUACUGAGUGGACUGAAAGUGUCUGAGUCCGCAUGCCUGUUUAGUCUUGCUGGUGUGUUUGUGUGUGUGUGUUUGUGUGUGUGUGUGUGUGUGUGUGUGUGUGAGCGAGCAAUCAGCACGGCUCUUGUGUCAGUUCUAGCCUUGCACAGAGCUGUCUGUUCUUUCAAAUACAAUAAACUAUGUGAAGCUAUAAAAAACUUUCCAAUUUCUGUACUCCUCUUGAUGGGAGAAUUUUGCUUUUGUGCAAUGUCUUUAGACCUUAAUAGGUGGCUGGCUUACUAGCCAAGUCUUUGUGGGGUGCAGAGGGACGCCAUGUUUUGUGUCAUAGAUCAGGGGUUUCUGAACUUGCCCUGAGCACUAGAUUCUGCAGGGGUAGGGCAAAUUUUGGCACAUGAAUACAACGUGUGUAGGUAUAUAGCAAGUGUGUCUGAUUCUGGGUAUUCAAUGUAGACGGUUCCAAAGUAGCUACCCAUUCCUAGCCUUUCAUAUUUGUAAAAAUGAAGGAAAUGUAACUUGUGACUGCAGCAAUACUGUGCAGUUUAAUGCAUUUGUCUACCAACUUCCUAUAAUGUGUUGUUCCAGAAGCAGUAAAGCCUUGAAAA